UAACACAAAAAUAAACUAAAAACAGGGAGGGAAUUCUUCAGGCAUUUUUCUUUCUAUCUCGAAAAUUUUGAAUUUUCUCCCUCUUUCUCUCCGUCUAUUUUGUUUGAACUCAUGGGAGAAUCAGGAUCGCGAAAGCGUAAUUUCAUUUGCAUCGAUGAAGAAGAUAAUACCAUUUCUAUCUCCUCAUCCUCAGAAGAAGAAGAACAGACUAGCAGUUCGUCGUUAAGAGGGGAAACUAGCGAGGAUCACAGUGAAUGGAGCGCUGAUGAAGAAGGUGAAGAAAACAGCGAAGAGGAUGAUGAAGAAGAAGUUAUCAAAGACGAUGAAGGUGAUAUUAUAGAUUUUGGAUUAAAGAGUGCACCAGUGGAUGAUCAAGCACUACAUAAUAUAGUCAUUCAUCUUCUUAAAGCUGGGGGUGAUUUACAAUCAUUAAAGCAUGAAGAUUGCAAAGUGUAUUUACGGAAGCAUGACUUGAGAUUAUCGGGGACGAAAACAGUUUGUAUUCAGAGAAUUCAAGAGCACUGGAGGAUAAAAGAUGGAGGCGAGAAGUUUUAUCCCUGGUCAUCUUUUACGAUUAACUGUACAGGUGAUGUCUGCAGAGGUGAUGUUGUUGUGUUUAAACAGAAGGUUUACGAGAAAUUUGAUAAAGUCUCAAGGACUGGUAACCCUCGAGGGAAGCGGACUGUUGCUGGGAGGGUUGUGAAAGAAAGCUACGGCACAGCGAAACAGCAGCACACUUUUACUGUUGAAGUCCUGUGGAGUAGGGGGAUUAAGAAAUUGCCACCGUUGUUUCCUCUGCUCGUGAAAGGUCGGAACUUGUACAGAAUGAAAACAUAUCGACAGCCUUGGGAUAAUGAAGCAGAGAGAUCUAAAGUUCUAUCUGAGAAACACAAAAGAGGAUCAGCGGCAAGGCAUUUGAGAGCAAUAAAAAGGGAAUCUGCUAAUGGUGGUAUUAAGCGUCAGAAACAUUCCCAUCAUGCUGUUCAAGCUCUAAACAGUUGUAGAAGCCGAGAAGCUCAGCCUGCAAGAAAAGCAGAACGGAAGCAUGCUACUGGAUAUGGGAAGGCUCCACGAGAGGUGAUGGAAAAAUCUAGAAGAGUUUCUAAAUCAAGAGCUACAAUACCAUCAUCUGAUUUGCAAACAAACCACUAUAGAGAAAAUGGGAUUCCUCCACAAAUAUUUCGUCCUAGUAACGAGCGAUUCAGUUUCCCCAAAUUUGAAAGAGGUUCCACAUCAAUACAUACUAGGAGGCCAUCUCACCAUCCAAAUUCAACUGUGUUGACUAAUCCACGGCAUCCACAUUAUCCCCAUGCCUACCCCAACACUGGUAACUGGUAUAAUCCGAGGAAGUUUAAUCAUUGUCAAGAACACACCAGCAACAGUAGGCGACUAAAUACACUGCCCCCCACAGCAGCAGGGUUUUACAGAGGGGUUAAUUGUUCAACACAUGGGUGUCUGGAGCCAAGAGAUGAUAAGUGUUUUGGCCUGUUAUGCUGGAGAUGUUGCAGAAUAUCUGGGAGGUGGUGUUACAUCCACCAAUGACAUUCCUAAUCUUCGAAGAAGUUCUCAAUCUUACUCGGUCAGCACGGAGAAGUCAUCGAAACGGUUAGAAGUUUAAUACACUCAUCUGUGAAUAUUCAUUCCUUCAGGAAGUUUUUUUGGUUUGUAUCAGUCAGAUGGAAGAGAGUGGCACAAGUUUAGUUUUAGACUUUCAUCCGUGAAUAUUCAUUCCUUCAGGGAGAUGGAAGAGAGUGGCACAAGUUCUUUUUUUGGUUUUAUCUGUCAAACGGAAGUUUUUUUGGUUUGUAUCAGUCAGAUGGAAGAGAGUGGCACAAGUUUAGUUUUAGACUCUCAUCCGUGAAUAUCCAUUCAGUCCGUGAAUGAAUGCAUGCUUUUUUU